AUGUCGAGUCCUCGUCGUCUUCGCAGAAGUCCCUUUUCCUCUACCACCUCCAGCACAACAGCCCAGCGGUUUCUAGACAAUCACGCCAAUGGGUCCGCAGUCUUGGUGGGCGGGAGGCAUGUACAGCAGUUUCCAACAAGCCCACAGGCGCCUCCCAAUCAUGUCCAGUCUCAGAACCUUCAAAGCUCUCCAUGUGACUCGGCCGCGGACUUUGAAGAGAUUCGAGAAAAGUUGAUCCAAGCAAAUUUGCUAGCUGAACGUGCAAACGCCCUGGCCAGCGAGCAACGCAGCAACACAAAGUACCUCGUCUCGCUACAAGUGCCAAUCCACUGCCUGAAUCAAGCGAAACGGAAAAGUCGCCAGCUUCAGUGUGAACCUGUCAUUGAACUUCACAGCGGCGGCGUUCGGGUAAGAUCGAUGAGUCUGGCUCGAAUGCAGGACAAUCUGAGGGAUCUGGAGUCGAACAGGGGCAGCAAAGUCGACGCCGAGUCCUCUUCCAGUUCCACACCAAACCAAGCAAACGACGCAAAGCGGUUGCCUCUGUGGCCGACAGGAUCACAUCAGCAAAAUGCCGACCUAGUAUUGAUCGGCGUCGCCAACUUGUACUUCCGUUGUCUCCUCUUCGUCAGCGAAUUUUCCUACUCCGUUCCCAUUCUCAACCCACAAGGCGAGAUCUUCGGACGCGUAUUGGUUGAACUCCUGACAGCUAUUCGCUCAGAGGAUCGACAACCAGACGAGCUACUGGACGUCCCCGAUCCAAUCGACCGAGAACAAAGUGAUUUUGGCGGAAAUGUGUUGGAGGUGAAAGUCACGAUUCGGGAGGCCACGGGGAUACCGAAUUCCUUCAGCAGAAAGAUUCUGUGUCACUAUCAAAUGCUGGGCCACGAAGAACCGGUCGUGGUCCUACCCAAACCCGACUGCUUCGCAGGCUACACCACAACAGACCCGGGAGGUCAGGAGUACGAGCGCACUCAACGCUGCACUUUCGACCACACCCGCUGCUUCCAGUUGCCACUGGCACGAGAGACACUCAAACAAUUGGCGCAUUACGCACUCUCAAUUGAGGUAUACGGAAACUUACAGGAGGUCAGAAGCGGCAAUCUCGUCCGUCGAAUGACCUCGAACCGUGGUCAACUGCAGCAGCAGCAACAUUUGAGUCGACCAAUCACCACGGCGACAGAGCACCAACGCGCCACAAGUCCGCAGCCCGUGAGAACAAUGAAACUGCGUCGUUACAAAUCCGACCUCGCCGACAGACGAAAACCCGCCCUUCAGACUUCGCCUGCAGCCGCGGCCAUGAACGGACUCUCCAGCGAGGCGGCUUCCAGGCUUGCCGAGGACUGGCUCAAGGUCCAACGCAGAAUCGAUUUCUGGGUGGCAAUUGAAGAACUCAUGGAAGACGUGAGUACCACACGUACUGAUGUUCUUUUGAGCGCAUGCCUUAGUCGUUAUAGAUUUCUACUUUAA